AUAUUCUUGAUUUUUUUCAAAUUUAAAUCUACAACCAAGGUCUACAUGCGGAUGACAUCAACAUAACCUCAAAAAUGAAGUUCAUAAAUUUACUUAAUAAACUUUAUCGAAAACCAAAUAUCGGCACAAUAAAUAAUUUCUACGUGAAAUCAACGAGAUGUUUUCAUACAGAAGAGUUGAAGAUUCAAGAUUUAUCAUUAACUAACUACAUUAAUCAACUACAAACUGAAUACAAAGAGUUAUCUAAUGCAAACAAAACUUCACCUCGAUUAAGACAAUUACAACCAAUUGUAAGUCUAUUAAAUGACCGUAAUGAUCUAAUUAAAAACGUGGAAGGUUUAAAAGACCUUCUCCAGGACAAUGACAACGAAAUACGAAAACUAGCUGAAGAAGAACAGGAACAAUUCAAGUUACAAUUAGAAGAUUUAAACAAUUCCCUCAAAGAACUCCUGUUACCAGUUGAUGAAGAAGAUGAUUUCAAUAGUAUUACACUGGAAGUCAAUGCUGGAGUUGGUGGACAGGAAGCAAUGCUUUUUGCCAGUGAAAUGUUCAAUAUGUAUCAGAAUUUUGUCAUGCUCAAAGGCUGGCAUUAUGAACUAGCAGAAUAUCUUGAAACAGACACAGGUGGUAUUAGACAUGGUGCUUUAUUAAUAAAUGGAGAUGGGGCUUAUAAAUAUUUACGCCAUGAAGCAGGAGUGCACAGAGUACAAAGAAACCCAGCAACUGAAAGAUCAGGAAGAAUUCAUACCAGCACUGUGUCUGUUCUAGCUUUACCACAACCAACAGACAUUCAGAUUCAUAUUGAAACUAAAGAUUUAAAGAUUGAGACUAAGAGAGCAACUGGUGCUGGUGGACAACAUGUGAAUACAACUGAUUCAGCUGUGAGGAUUGUUCAUUUGCCUACUGGGGUUGCAGUAGAGUGUCAAACGGAUAGAUCUCAAAGAAAAAAUAAAGAGAUUGCUUUGUUAAGACUCAAAGCAAAAUUAUAUCAGGCACAACUUGAUGAACAACUCGAAAAGGUUCAAGCUACAAAGCGGAGUCAAGUCAAGAGUAAUUUUCGUAACGAGAAAAUACGAACGUAUAAUUUUAAUCAGGAUAGAAUCACGGAUCAUAGACUAGAGGGUUAUAAUGUUCAUAAUUUAAAGGGGUUUUUAAGCGGGGGUGAACAAUUAGAGAAUUUGAUUGAGAAGAUUGAUUAUAAUAGACGGAUUAUGAUGUUGAAAGAAUUAAUUCAAAAUUGAGCAAAAUAACAGCUUUUGUUUUUGUAAUGUAGGCAAACAAAUAUACAGAAAUUAUUUUGGUUCAUAUUAAUUGUAAAUAAAUAGUAGUAAUUUUAUA